AUGAUCCCCCCCCCCUCCGCCCGUCCCCCCUCUUCGGCGCACCCGACCUUCGACGGGUCCCAGCGUGGCGCGUCGCGCACGUCGGUCCCGGGGGAGGCGCGGGUGAGCUACGGCGGCGUCGGCCGCAACAUCGCCGAGAUCGUCGCGAGGCUCGGCGGCGCGGCGUCCCUGGUGUCGGCCGUGGGCGACGACGACCGCGGCGCCGCGAUCCUGGAGGCGUGCAGGUCCGCUGGCGUGGCGGCAGGCGCGGUGGAGGUGGUCCGCGGUGCCCGCACGGCCACGUACUCGGCGCUAAUGGACGGCGGCGGGGAACUGGUCGGGGCCGUGGCCGACAUCGGAAGAGGGAACAGCGGCAUAAACGUGGCGGUAUUCGACCGCAUCACGCCAGCGUCGGUCCAGGCUGGGCUCCUGGCCGAGGGGCCGGGUGCGGAUCUGGUGCUCUGCGACGCGAAUUUGGGGCGCGAGGCGUUGCAGCGGGCACUGGACUACUGCGCGGGGGCCAACCUGCAGGCCUGGCUGGAGCCCGUGUCCGUCGCGAAGGCGGUGCGAGGGAGGCUGUCGCGGCCGUGGGAUUCCGGAGGGCACAAUUUUUCCGCCCACGCCUCGUAA